CGGAAUACCAAGGAUUCGACGUCCGUCCAACUGGAUCACGGUACUUGGAGCGACGAUUGGAAGUGGAGCCAGCUGCACGAGUGGAUUGACGCGAGCAUCAUACAACUGGUAUUCCGCAUUCGUAAAGUCGGGCUCGAAUUUCACACACAGCACGAACUCAACUCCUGGCAUGACAGCCCAUAUCGCUAUCGCCUUGUG